AUGUCUAUCCUUCAUAAUCAUUCUUGCGAGUGCGUUAAGUCAGAAUUGGAUUUGUUUGCACUACCGUCUACACAAACUAGCAUUGAAAAUGGAUUGUGGAUUCAUUAUAAACCAAUUUCAUCUCUUGGUGAUGAUGGACCUAUCGAGUUUCAAGUUCCUGGGACCGGCGAUGACUACAUAGAUUUGUCUCAUACAUUACUCCACAUAAAGGCAAAAGUAUUAAAUCAAGAUUCAACUAACUUGGUAUCUACUACAAUAGUAGCACCUGUAAAUAAUUGGCUGCAUUCACUUUUUAGUCAACUUGAUGUUUAUUUAAACCAAAAACUUGUAUCACCACCUAAUAAUACCUAUGCAUAUCGAGCAUACAUGGAAACCCUUUUAAACUAUGCCCCUGCUGCUAAACAAUCUCAUCUUACUUGUAGUCUUUGGUAUGAGGAUACAGCAGGAAAAAUGGAUUCUACAGAUGGUAAAAACAUAGGAUUUGUUAAAAGACAGGAAUUGAUUAGUGAAAGUAAGGAAAUAGAAAUGAUUGGUCAUCUUCACGGUGACAUUUUUAACCAAGAUAAAUUUUUAAUUAAUGGUGUUGAAAUGGGUGUUAAAUUGGUUCGAUCAAGAGAGAGUUUUAAUUUAAUUGUUGGGUCGAACGAUGUAAAGUUUAAAGUUUGCAUUACGGACGCAACUCUUAUUGUGCGACGAGCACGAAUUAAUCCAAGUGUAUUACUCGCACAUCAAAAAGUUUUAGCUUCUACCACUGCUAAAUAUCCUAUUACUCGAGCUGAAGUAAAAGUUUUAACAAUUCCUUCAGGUGUUCAAGGAAAAACUCUUGAUAAUAUAUUUUUAGGACAGGUACCGAAAAGAUGUAUAAUUGGAUUUGUGAACAAUUCUGCAUUUAAUGGUUCCCUUACUAAAAAUCCAUUUAACUUUGAAAACUAUGGUAUUAAUUCUUUCAGCUUAUAUAUUGAUGGUCAACAAAUACCUUCAAAAGCUUUGCAACCAUCUUUUAAUAAUAGCAUAUUUACAUCAGCAUAUCAUACUCUAUUCUCGGGAACUGGUAUUCACUUUCUUAAUGAAGGAAAUGGAAUCUCUUGUGAACAGUAUGGCAAAGGUUACUGUCUAUUAGCAUUUGACUUAACUCCUGAUUUAUCAGCUAACUCAUCAACUCAUUGGAAUCUCAUAAAGCAUGGUAGUGUAAGAAUAGAAGUACGAUUUGAAUCCUCAUUAAUACAAACAAUUAACUGUAUAGUUUAUGCUGAGUUUGAUAAUAUUAUUGAGAUAGAUAAAAACAGAAAUGUUACUGUAGACUAUAGUAGUUAA